GGGGAAGGAGCGCGAUGGUCAGCCCUGGCGCCGGAGCAAGAUGCUGGAUGGACACCGCCUGGGGCUGCGCCGCUGGCUCCCCGCCGCUCUCCUCCUCGGCCUCUUCCUCGCCGGACCCGCCGCUGCCUACUUCGGGGACUCAAGGCGGCUAGCAAAUUGGCAUUUGUGUCAUAAUGGGUGUCUGCAGCAAGCCAAGCCUCCUGGCAGUUCUGCUGAAUUCCAAUAAAUGGGAUUUCCUUGCAUCAUCAAACAGCGGCCGUUAACCUGUGUGUUCUGGGCAUCUGCGAGUGAUCGCACUUGACAGAAGUCACUCGGUAGAAGUUUGCCUUGAGCCUCUCUUGCUGCGUUCAGUGGGCGGCUGGAAGAAUGGAGACAGCUGGGCUUAAUCUCUCUUCUCCCCUCAAUCCAGCCCAAAGGUUUGCUUUUAUUUCAAGUUGACUGGGAAUGAACCCCUGACCAUCCUCCCUCUGACUUCAGAAAUGGAGGAAGCUGCUGUCAAAGCCCAUUACAAAGUGUGCGACCGCCUGAAGUUGGAGAAGAAGCAGAGGAGAAUGUGCCGGCGAGACCCUGGCGUGGCCGAGACCCUCAUGGAGGCCAUUAGCAUGAGUGCCUUGGAAUGCCAGUAUCAGUUCCGCUUUGAGCGCUGGAACUGCACCCUCGAAGGCCGGUACAGGGCCAGCCUGCUGAAGAGAGGUUUUAAGGAGACAGCCUUCCUUUAUGCCAUCUCUUCAGCAGGGCUCACCCAUGCCAUGGCCAAGGCUUGCAGUGCUGGGCGCAUGGAGCGCUGCACUUGUGACGAAGCCCCUGACCUGGAGAACCGCGAGGCCUGGCAGUGGGGCGGCUGUGGUGACAAUCUCAAGUACAGCAACAAAUUUGUCAAGGAGUUCCUUGGGAAGAAGUCUAACAAGGACCUACGUGCCAGGGUGGACUUUCACAACAACUUGGUGGGCAUGAAGGUCAUCAAAGCUGGAGUUGAGACCACCUGUAAAUGCCAUGGAGUUUCGGGGUCCUGUACUGUCCGGACGUGCUGGCGACAGCUCUCUCCGUUCCAUGAGAUUGGCAAGCAGCUGAAGCAGAAAUACGAGACAGCACUCAAAGUGGGCAGCACCACCAACGAAGCAACGGGCGAGGGCGACAUCUCCCCGCCCAAGAAAUCCAUCGCAGGCCAGGGUGACCAAAUCCCAAGGACUACAGACCUUGUCUAUAUUGAUGACUCCCCAAGCUUUUGCCUGAUGAGCAGGUAUUCCCCCGGCACAUGGGGCAGGAAGUGUUACAAAGACAAGAACUGUGAGAGCAUCUGCUGUGGCCGUGGCCACAACACCCAGAGCCGCGUGGUGACAAGGCCUUGCCAGUGUCAGGUCCGUUGGUGCUGUUAUGUGGAGUGCAAGCAAUGCACCCAAAGAGAGGAAGUCUAUACAUGCAAAGACUGAUGAGCCUGUGGUAUCAUCCAGUGGAUAUCCCUCAACGAUAGGCGAUGCCAUUCAAUGACAAGCAUCCAUGGAGGUGAAACAGGGUUUUGACGGAUUUCUUGGUGGUGGUGGGACGACCGAAGGCUACUCCGGGAUGAUGUAAGCACUUUUUUAGGGUACCGGUGACCCAGGUGUAUGGUUUUCUUUGACUCUUUCUCCCUUUUAUGCCAUCCCAACUGAUUUUGGAAGUUCAAGGGGAUGGAUCUAAGUGCCUCCUGUGUAGAGCGGGACACUUAUUUUGGAGGUUGUUGCCAAAAGCCUCACCAAAAUGGUUUACCUUGACUGGAUGGAACUGGCCUUGCUUUUAGUCGCUAUCUCACCUCUGUCACUUACAAACCCUUGGAGCUAAAUUAAAGAGUCUGCUCAGGAGUUAAAGCUGGUAGCUUUGACUGAAUUUUGGUCCUCUGGCCUGGUUACCAUGAGAACCUCCAUAAGGAACUAAAAGCGAGUGAGAAGACGCACUAAGAAAUUUUGAAGGAAAGGUGUAGGGAAUGGGGAUGAUGGGUGUUCUUGAUGACACAAGAACUGAAAUUGGGAAGGAACAUCCUGUUUCUUGCAUCUCCUGGAGUAGAAAUCAUGCCUACUUGAAAGCAGGGAGAGACAUUGGGGUUCCUCAGAGAGGAGUGGCGGCUACAGCCACCUGCACUUUGUAGUGGACAUUGUGGGAAUUUCUUCUCUCAUUACAUGCUCCAUCACAAUCCACUUCUUUUUCACUCACCACCCUCAUCAUCUACUCUGCUGAUGAUACAAACCACUAGAGGCCUUUCAAAACUUCCUAUAUACUUCUGCCACCUGUCUCUUCUACAUCUCCUGGAUUUUGUACCUUGUAUUACUCCUGGGUCACCCUGUGAUGGCUGCUUUAGAUCCCCAAUAUGGACUUAAUUCCCAGUUUUCUGAAAUGCGAUCUGACAAGUCACCUUCUGGGGAAACCUAUUGCCUUACAGACAGUUUUGUUGCCUGGACAUUUGAGGCAAGAUGUUUUCUCCUGAGCUGUCUCCAUCAGUCAGGAUGCUGUUGACCCUUGGUAGUGGCAGGAGUAUUAACUGGCAUGGAGCUCUGUGUGUGCCUUUAACUUUCUCGAAAACCACUAGGGGCAUACGCAUUAGAGUUUGGAGGAGAACAAAGGGCAAUGCAAAUAUUUUGGAAGCUGCGUGUGACCGGCUGAUGAAGAUCAAGGAGGAGAGAGGGAAUUUCUAAGAAUAAACUGAAAUGACCAAAACAAAUGAUCACUGAUGGUUGUGGGCUACUCGACAUUCCUUUGCCGGUUUCAAUGGGGAUGUUACAAUUUGCGACUGGGAGGUGGUGACUUUUCUUCAACAAUACUACUUGGAUCAGAAGCAGCUGGCAAACCUCCUGGCAAAGAGUCUGCGUCAGAAGUAGUAUUGGCAGCGGGCACUUUCUGAUUCUCCAGUAGUAGCAAUUUCUCUAGUUUAACCUAUUGACCUGCUUUCCCCCUGGGAAAUGGACAAGAAGUUUUUGGCGUGGUUUUCACUUGCUUGUCUGGGAGGGUGAUCCAAUCUUCCAAGGAUGUCUCUCUUUUCUUGGAGCUUCUUUCAAAUAAUAAUAAUAAUAAUAAUAAUAUAAUAAUAAUAAAGUAGCCACUUGUAUCUAAGCUAUAUUAUUGUGCCUGUAUGGGGAGGGCAUGGAUUUGGCUGGUCUGUGUUAUCUUGGGAACCACCAACCUCAUUACUGUUGAGGACGGCAGAAAAGUAGUAAGAGAAUGGCAUGUUUCCAUUGGUCAGUCCAGGAUUCUGCAAACAUGGAAGAUGUAGCUUUUGGGCACCUUUUAGAGACCAUCAGCGACUGGUGUUGAAACGCAAGACCCACUGACAUCUGUUCCCUCUCUGUCCUGGCAGCUUGGCAUCGUUUUGCAUGGCUAAAACGCAUCACCCAAACUGUCAUUUUCCACCCAAAGGACAGUCCUGAAGCAAUGUGCAAAUGAUAUUUUUAAAAGCAAAAUUUAAGACUUAAUACAAACCUAUUAUUCAGUGUGAAUAAGUUUAUAUAUAUAUAUAUAUGCCUAAAUAUAAAUAUUGAACAGUUAUUUAUUAAGUCUUUCAGAAGGACCUUCUUAUGGUUUCAAUGUGGUAUUAUGUUCUCCUGGGUGUCUGCUUUCUCUCGCCCCCCCCCCCAAUUUUGCUUGCACAUGGAUUUUUGUUCCCCAAAGUGUUUAAUUUUUGCUACCAACCUGGGAUAGGUCAUGUUCUUUACAGUUUUGGGAUGUGGACGGCACAGGGCAAUCCCAGUUGGUCCUCAUUAGGAAGAUAUCUGGUUGUAGGAGUAUGGAACCCUUGCCAGAUGUGUCAAGGCUUGCAUGUUGUCUCACUUUCUUCUUCUCUGCCAAAGAGUGCUGGUUGCCUCACAAAACUACAAAUCCCAGGAUUCUGUAGGAUUGAGCCAUGGCAGUUAAAGUGGUGUCAAACUGCAUUAGUUCUAGUGUGUAGAUGCACAUUUAGUCAUGCUCAUACCCAGAGUUUCAUGCUCAUACCCAGCAUGAAAAAGACUGGCAACAUUAGGGAUGUAAUUUUUUGCUCCUUUUCUCUUUUGAGGGAAGCAGUAAGUAAUUUUAGCAAUUUUCUGUGAGAAAGUUUUAAAAACUGUGCAGCUUUCAGACUAUUCUGUUUGAGUGCUAUUCUGUGUAAAAUUUGCAUGUAGCAUUUUUUGUGCAGAAAGCAUUUUUCUGCACAUGGAAUCAUAUUAUAUUACUAUAUUAAUAUUGCUAGAAUAUUAUUUUGUGGACAGAUAAUACUGUUUUCUGUGCAAAAAGCCCAAAAAGCAAACGAUAAUUUGCAAAUUUUGUAGAGAGUAAGUCUCAGACUAUAAAGAGUCUCAUCAUUGCUUUGGAUUGCUUGACAAGAACCUUCCCCCCCCCAAAUAUUUUCCGAUAUUCUCCCCACCCCAUUAACAUUUUGAAGUCCAGACAUUUUUUAACAGAUGAACAAUAGCAAUUUGAGUCCUAAGUCCUUUUUUGAGUGUCACUUUUUGUAGAUCUACUGAUGCAAUGGAACAGUUUUUGAAUCAACACUUAAUGUGAGUUCCAGGUAUUCAAGGGAGUUGGCUGUAGUUGGAGACUAGCAACUCCAUUAAGGGUGCAUCUACGCUGCAGAAUUAAUGCAGUUUGCAAUUAUUUAACGCCAUGUCUCCAUGCUAUGGAAUUGUGGGAUGUUGUAGUGUUGUGAGGUUAUUUAGCUUCUCUGGCAGAAAGCUCUGGCACCACAACAAGCUACAAAUUGCAGGAUUCCAUACCAAUAGAGCCAUGGUAGUUAAAGUGGUGUCAAAACUGCAUUGUCAGCCACCUUGCAUCCCUUGCUGGGAGAAAGGUGGCAUGCAAAUGAAAUUAAUUAAUUAAUUAAUUAAUUAAUUAAUUCUUCAGUGUGGCAGCAGCCUUAGGCCCGGGUGUUCAAAGUUUUGACACUUCUGGCAGUGUUGGGGCCAAGUUGUGUACGCCUCAUGUGCUCAAUUGUUUUGUUUAAGCAUUGUGUGCAACUCUGUGGGGAGAGAAGAAAAUGAGCAUGUGAAGAGGAUGUUUUACAGACUUGUCCGGUGCAUGGUUCCCCAGAAGCUGGAGCCCAUUCACACUACACAACUACAGCAUUAUUAUUACACUUUUAAUGGCCAUGGUUUCAUGCUGUGCAACCCUGGAGUUUGUAACUUGCUGAGCAGUCUGGCUGAGAAUUGUAAACAUCCCUCCCUUGACUGCAAAUCCCAGGAUUCUAUAGGGCAGAACCAUGGCAGUUAAAGUGGAAUCAUGACACUACAAUUGCGUGGUGUGUAUGGGCCCCUGGUCUCACUGAAUUCAGAAGGACCUGCUCCUCUAGAGUAAGCAUGCUUAGACUCGUAGCUUUUAAAAGGAGAGGCAAAGGAGCAAAUGAACUACUGAGUGGGGAAAAAAACCCUCUUCCUUGUGUAAUUAAUUCACGCAACGGAGGGGGGGGGGGGGGGUUCUGUGAGUAUUUAAAACUCUAUUUAUGUUAAUGCAAAUAUUAAUUGCUCUCUCUUGUUAUAUAUUGUAAAUAGUAAGGUUUAUCCUCCUGUGGAAAAAAAGGAAAAAAGAAAGUUAUAAAUAGUACCGAGGCACAUGCAUUAAAUGUAUAGGCAGGCGAUAAUAUGCAUAUUAUUAAGUUCGUCCCAUUUGGAAACUGGGAGAACUGUGUAACUUUUGUCAAUGUAAGAUUAUAACAGAAAUUAUU